CUGUAUGUAGAGCGCAUCCUUGGGCUGCUGACAGGGGAACCAGGCUUGUCACUGAGUAAUCAGCACACGUCCAGUGCGAGAGACUCUCACCGGCUACCACCAGCGACACCAACAAGCAAUGGCUCCCCGCUGUGAUGCAAAGCUCCUCUUCUGCGUCCUCGUCAUCGCCUGCUGCUGCUACACAGUGACCGAGGGCCAGAUGGUUGUCGACUGCUGCCUGAGGACCAGUGAAACUGCCAUUGACAAAAGACUGGUCAGAGACUACAAGCGCCAGGUCCUUGGACAAGGCUGCUCGAUUGAGGCUGUGAUUUUUGAGACCAGAAAGGGCAUACAUCUCUGCGCCCCCACCAACAGGCAGUGGGUUGAUGAGCUCAUGAAACAUGUGGAUGACCUCAAGGUUUUCUGCCAGAAAAGGAAGAACAAGGGCAAUCGCUGCAAGGGACUGAAGCCAAAGUAAAUUGAAAUUGAUCUUCAUCCCUUCCUCGCUGCGUUGCCAUGGCUACAAAAUUGAAGAACCCUGCGCCUGGGAAAGGAGGGGAUGGAUCAAACAAGAACACAAAGUCGUGACUCCAACUCCUGUUAAAGCAGUCUCAGUUUUUGAUAUUGUUUGGCCAAAGAUGCUAUGUUAAUUGGAAGAUCUGAUUAAUUAUACUGAAAUAUUUUUGUACUCUUUGUUGAAUUUUGUGUUGCAGAUUUUUUUAGCUAUGUGAAUGGUAGUGGCAAAUAGUAUUGUUCAUUUUAAUUUGUUAGUGUUUGUGAAACUAACUCAACUCAGGCAGCAGAAAUUCUUCUUUUUUUUACAUGGGUUUCUUUGAUUGUUCUCUCCUUUUCAAAUAAAGAUUGUUUCCCAGC